AACACGGCUCAGCUGCUGGCUGAUCUCCUGCCCCGGUACCUGGAUCAGGAGCUGUACCCCGUGGUCACGGGAGGAGUACCUGAGACAACAGAGCUGCUGAGCCAGAGAUUUGAUCACAUCCUCUACACCUGCAACUCCACAGUGGGCAAAAUCGUGAUGGCAGCAGCUGCCAAGCACCUGACACCCGUCACCCUGGAGCUGGGCGGGAAGAGCCCCUGCUACAUCGACAAGGACUGUGACCUGGCCGUCGCCUGCAGGAGGAUAACGUGGGGGAAGUACAUGAACUGUGGGCAAACCUGCAUCGCCCCGGACUACAUCCUCUGCGACCCGUCCAUCCAGAGCAAGGUGGUGGAGAACAUCAAGGCGACUCUGCAGGAAUUCUACGGGGAAGAUGUGAAGUCGUCUCCAGAUUACGAAAGGAUCGUCAACAAGCGUCACUUCAGGAGGGUGCUGGGCCUGCUGGAAGGGCAGAAGAUCGCUUACGGGGGACAGACUGAUGAGGACUCCUGUUUCAUAGCACCGACUAUCCUCACUGAUGUUUCUCCGGAGUCAAAGGUGAUGGAGGAGGAGAUCUUUGGACCAGUCCUUCCCAUUCUGCCUGUGAAGAGUGUGGACGAAGCCAUUGAGUUCAUCAACGGUCGGGAGAAGCCCCUUGCCCUGUACGUCUUCUCCAACAACAAGAAGCUGAUCAGACGGGUGAUAUCGGAGACCUCCAGCGGUGGCGUGACAGCCAACGACGUCCUCAUGCACUAUGCAGUUGUGGAUCUGCCCUUUGGUGGCGUGGGUAACAGUGGGAUGGGCGCCUACCAUGGCAAGCACAGCUUUGAGACCUUCUCCCACCGCCGUGCCUGCUUGAUCAAGGACCUGAAGAUGGAGGGUAUGAACAAACUCCGGUACCCACCUGGCAGCCAGAAGAAGGUGGAUUGGACCAAGUUCUUUGUCUUGAAGCGAUUUAACAAGGGCCGAAUUGGACUGCUUAUCUUGGCCCUGCUGGGGAUUGUGGCAGCGGUGGUGGCCAAGGUGAGGUUCGGGUCUCUGCUGUCUGCAGAGUGCAUGUUCCCAGCUCUGUCCCCUGAGCCCCACCUGGUGUCAGUCUCCAUCUCUCUGUGUCUUGGGCUCUGCUCCCUCCCUAUGGGACUCAGCCUUGUUUCUGUGCCUUUCUAG